GCGGGGCCCAGGGUGUGGGAGGGCCUCUGCGAGGUCGGUGAUCCCGACGGGGAUCUUGCUCUGUCCUCCGGCAUUGGGGGCCGGGCAGACUUGUGCACAUUCCAGCCGCGCCUUGGCGGUGCCUCGCCCUGCAGACCACAUGCCGGUGUUCUCUCUCCGCAGUACUUCCUGGGGAUUCUGAGAGCCAAGGGCACCCUGCAACCACCGGAGCGCCAGGCCCUGUUUGGGCCCUGGGAGCUCAUUUACGGCGCCAGCCAAGAGCUGCUUCCCUACCUGGAAGGAGGGCACUGGGGGCAGGGGCUGGAGGGCUUCUGCCCCCACCUGGAGCUCUACACCCAAUUUGCUGCCAACGCAGACAGGUCCCAGACCACCCUGCAGGAACAACUAAAGAAAAGCAAGCGUUUCCGGAGGUUCGUGCGGCUUCAGGAAGGCCGCCCUGAGUUUGGGGGCCUUCAGCUCCAGGACCUGCUCCCUUUGCCUCUGCAGAGGCUUCAGCAGUAUGAAAAUCUUGUUGUUGCUUUGGCUGAAAACACAAGUCCCAACAGCCCUGACCACCAACAGCUCACACGGGCUGCGCGGCUGAUAAGUGAGACUGCCCAGCGAGUUCACACCAUUGGUCAGAAACAGAAGAAUGACCAGCACCUCCGGCGUGUCCAGGCCCUUCUCAGCGGUCGCCAGGCGAAGGGGCUCACCUCAGGUCGCUGGUUCCUACGCCAGGGCUGGCUGUUGGUGGUGCCUCCCCGUGGGGAACCUCGGCCCCGAAUGUUCUUCCUGUUCUCUGACGUGCUUGUCCUGGCCAAGCCUCGACCCCCAUUGCACCUGCUGCAGAGUGGCGCCUUUCUCUGCCGGGCCGUCUACCCCAUGGCCCAGUGUCAACUCCAAAGGGUCUUUGGCCACUCGGGGGGCCCUUGUGGUGGACUGCUCAGUCUGUCCUUUCCUCAUGAGAAGCUGCUGCUCAUGUCCACGGACCAGGAGGAGCUCCUGCGCUGGUACCACAGUCUGACUUUGGCCAUCAGCAGCCAGAAGAACUAGAAGAAUCUUAUGAAUUCCAAGACCCAAGAUACUUCAAGGAUAGUCAGGGUCAGGAGCACAAAACUAAACAAAACACAGAACCCUUCCUGGUUUGAGAAGGGUCAUUUUGUGUUUGCCUGGGACUGGGUUAUUUGACCAGCUCUUAAGAAUCAGGAAGCCAAGUCUGACCCAUUUGGACCUUCACAGAACCAGCCCCUCCAGCACAGAAGAAGGGACUUGGGGCUGACGAGCUUGGUGCUAUGUGUAUGGACAGUCGUUUAUCAAGGCUAUGGCUUUGCAAAUGUGGCUAUUUUUAUAAUUUUAUUUUCCCACUGGAUUUAAGUAAAGUUUUUUUGUUUUUUUGGAAAGGCCUGUUUCAGCUAUGUGAUGCGAGAAGAGGGAAGUCUGUGCCUGGGGGCUGGCAUGACGGGGCCUCGGGAGUACAAGGAAAAGAACUGGAGCUCCCUCUGUCUCCCCGGCUCUCACACUGGGAGGCAGCAUCUUUUUGUCCUAAUAAGGGAAGCUUUCCAAGAAGGGCCAGUUGUUCUUAGGCACCUAGUAUGGGUGUGCGUGUGACCAGCUGGAGUGGAAAAAGCACACG